CUCUGGUAUCGUUCUUUGUAUCCGAAAUAUUCCUAUUUUCAAAAGUGUUUGUAGGACCUGCGGCGAUGGGGAAUUGCUGCGCCGACUUGGCCGUCGGACAGUCGGCGGUCGGCGGAACCGGUUAUUCUCAAGCUAAUCCAUCCAACGCUCCUAAUGACGCUGUCGAUGCCUUCCUCAAAUCUCGCGGCUAUCAAGGUCUCUUCUCCCAGAUCGAAUUGUCAUUAUCUGCUUCGAACUUGCGUGAUCGGGAUGUGCUCUCCAAGAGUGAUCCUAUGGCAGUCAUUUAUACAAAAGGAAGGGAUGGUUCACUUCAAGAGCUGGGACGUACUGAAAUAGUGUUAAAUUCAUUGAAUCCCAAGUGGAUCAGACACCAUACUAUUACUUAUAAUUUUGAGACGGUACAGAAUUUGGUAUUUCGUAUAUAUGAUGUUGACACUCAGUUUCACGAUCAAGAAGUGAAGAUGCUUAAGUUGGAGGAGCAGCAAUUUCUUGGUGAGGCAAGUUGUGCAUUGUCCGAGAUUGUCACUAAAACAAACAGGUCAUUAACCUUGGAUCUUGGACGUAGAGACGAUUCUACUGGUUUAAACCGUCCCCAACAUUUGGGUCACCUCACUGUUUGUGCUGAAGAAAGUUUUACAUCAAAGACUAUGACAGAGCUGAUAUUGAGAUGUACAAAUUUGGAAUCUAAGGAUCUGUUCUCAAAAAGUGACCCCUUUCUGAUAUUAUCAAAAACUAUGGAGGGCGGGAUAGUUAUUCCAAUUUGCAAAACAGAGGUUUUGAAAAAUGAUCACAGUCCAACAUGGAAACCUGUAUUUUUGAGUAUUCAACAGGUUGGAAGCAAGGACAGUCCAUUAAUUAUAGAGUGCUUUAACUUCAAUAGCAAUGGAAAACAUGAUUUAAUUGGAAAAGUUCAGAAAUCACUGGCAGACAUAGAAAAGCUACAUUCCACUGGGUUGGGAGAGUAUCUACAUAUACCCACAGUUGUUGGGCAAACUCAUCAGAACAAGGUCUUAAAGAGUCAGCUAUUUGUGGACAAGUUUUCUGAGAACAUCCAGCACACGUUCCUGGAUUACUUGACUGGUGGAUAUGAACUGAACUUCAUGGUGGCGAUUGAUUUUACUGCUUCAAAUGGGAAUCCUCGCCUACCUGAUUCAUUGCAUUAUAUUGACCCUUCGGGAAGGCCGAACGCAUACCAGCGAGCAAUUUUAGAGGUUGGAGAGGUAUUGCAAUUUUAUGACUCAGAUAAGCACUUCCCUGCUUGGGGAUUUGGAGCACGGCCAAUUGAUGGUCCAGUCUCACACUGUUUUAAUUUAAAUGGAAGCAGUAAUAACUUUGAGGUUGAAGGAAUCCCAGGAAUUAUGAUGGCAUACGCAAGUGCUCUUUUUAAUGUUUCAUUGGCUGGACCAACCCUUUUUGGACCUGUGAUUAGCACUGCUGCUCUGAUAGCCAGCCAGUCUGUUGCAAACGAUCAACGGAAGUACUUCGUUUUGUUAAUAAUCACGGAUGGUGUGAUAACAGAUCUCCAAGAAACAAAAGAUGCCCUUGUGAAGGCAUCAGACCUGCCAUUGUCCAUCCUUAUUGUUGGAGUUGGAGGAGCUGACUUUAAAGAGAUGGAGAUUCUAGAUGCAGACAAAGGAGAAAGACUUGAAAGUUCAAGUGGGCGUGUUGCAUCGCGUGAUAUAGUCCAAUUUGUUCCAUUCCGGGAUGUACAGAGUGGAGAAAUCUCUGUUGUACAAUCGCUUCUUGCCGAAUUGCCUUCCCAAUUUUUAGCAUACAUGAGAACAAGAAAUAUUAAACCAAGCACUUAAACUUGCAGAAACUGUACAUUAGAAUAAUAGUUCUAUGUUUUUGAUUAUCAUGCAUAUUGAAUUAGGCCAUUUUGGAGAGCCCCAUGGUGCCAAUAUCACCUUUGUUUUUUCUGUUUGCAUUGACGCCUCUUUCGUCCUACAUGGAAGGGUAGGUUUAUGUACAGAUACAGCAAAUAGGGCCUGGCAAAUGGAUUGUGCUAUGUUUGUUUGUGGUUUGUGGAGUAUCAAAAUUUGUUUAACAUGAAAGAUGUAUCGAUAGUUGUGUAUAGUCGGGUUUGUAAUCUCUGUAAUUAGGGUUGUGUCGGCAAUUUAUUACAUGGGUUAGGAGGUUAAUCUGAUUACGAUCUGAACCAUUAAGGUUGUAUGCUUAUCCAAUAAUUUUAUGUUGAUUUUGUAUAAGGUCGAUAGCUCUUCGUAAUAAUUAUUAGGUCUAAU